UCCAUGCUCCAGUCAAACCGCUUCAGCUCGGUUACUUACUUCCUCAUCUUAAACUUCUGUCGCAGCGAGGAGCCUUUCUUUCUCCGCUUUGAAAACCUUUCACCUGAUUAACUUGUUUUAUGAACACUUUAAUCUCCGUUUCUUCCCUUACAUUUAUUCUUGUAUAACUUUAUACCGUAUGGGACGAAUUUUAAUUCGUUUUAUAACGUUUACUUCCGUUUAUAACGUCUUUAGGUUACUGGUAUAUAAUAAUGAGUUUACUGUAGAGAAUACAACGUUAGUUCAUGUUUCACUGCUUUUCUGACCCGUGUGAUGAACUAAACACUGCGUUCAAUUAUAUUUACGUGAUAUCUGUGUUCGUAGCGACAGGCCAGACUGUUGCUGGACUGUACCACUUUCACAGGGGGGUUCCUGUGGGUCUAACCACAGCUUGGGCCAUAGAGGGAAAGAAAGAUUCUCGUUGGUCAUAAGAGGAUACCCUAUCGGUGUGUUGAGCUUCACCAGUUGAUUUAUGGAAUCUGUGGUUCAGUAAAGUGACAGAAUUCAGACUUGGUUCCAGAAAAGAGAAAUUAUUCAAACGUUCUUUACUUUUUAAAUUUUACAACAAUGCUUUUUUUAAGUCUUUUGUAUAUAUUUUUUGUGUUAAGCACAAUGACAGUCUCCAAGGUGUUUAAUUCUCAUCUCUCAGUUCUCAUCUGCUGUACACAUCUGUACUGUAGUGAGGGCAGUGUGGUUAUGUUGUGGGGUUCAUAUUGACGGUCUAUGACGUCCAUAAUGCUUUAGUGUGACGCAGUCACAAUGAUCUCUCAAUAAACAACUAAAGUUCAGAAGGCAUAUUAAUUGAUGGAUGAGUUGUGUUUGUGUCCAGGUCUCCAGUAUACUAUGGAUGAGGAGAGAGAGGAGAGGGAUCCUACCUCUACGACCACUCUGUCUGGGGAACAUGGCCGCCGGAGCAAAGCUAAGAGCCCAGAGCAACAGCAGAGAGCAGACCCCCCUGGAACCAGCUGUGUCUCCAUGAAGAGUGACUGGUCUAUGGAUCAUCCUCCUGAAUUUAAAGAUGGACGGCCCUCCAGAGACGAGAGGUAGGAGUUUUAAACAGACUGGAGUGGCUCAAAACUAAUCCAACUUUUUCUAAAAAAAAAAGUGUGUGUGUUGAAGCCCAGAGCAGCAGCAGAGAGCAGACUCCCCUGGACCCAGCAAUCGUAUGAAUAAAAUUAAUAUUAAGACGACUUGUAGCAGACUUUACAGGUUUAAUGUUAAAGGUUCAAUGGCUUUCAAACAGCCCCAUUUAUUGAAUCAGUUUGAAUUUAUCUUUGGAGGUGAAAGGAUUUGUUGAAACAAAUUAUCUGUGAGGAAUAACACAGGUCUGGGUAGAAAUGUAGAAACUGAGUGCUCUAUUUAAAUGAGCAUUAUAACUCUCAUCGGGGAGAGUUCCUACAGCAGCGUAACACCAAUGUGCCUUGGGGGCAGAGCUACGUGUAGGGGAGGAGAGGAGAGGACUUCAUGUCGAGGAAACGAAACCUAAGGUACAUAUAAACCAAAGCCAGUCGAAGAGGGGGCAGUUCUCUCUUUCAGUGUCUUUCAGUAAAAUAACACGCAUUUUGGGACGAAAUACCGACGGAAAGAAACAACAACAAGGUGAGUAAAACAGCACAACUUUGAGAGAAGUUAAAACCUCUCUUCCCUUUAUGGUAUUAGAACAAUAAUGGACUUGCUCAAUACAUAAACCUUGUCGUCUGUGUCUAGGGAUGGCCACUGCCAACGUUUCCUGGUCUGAGAACUUUUCAUGUUCCAUCUGUCUGGAUGUGUUCAAAAACCCAGUUUCCACACCAUGUGGACACAACUUCUGCAGAACCUGUGUUACAAAGUUAUGGGAUGAACAAGUCAAGUGCAAAUGUCCUGUUUGCAACGAGCUUUUCAACACAAGACCUGAUUUACGUGUCAAUAACCUCUUAUCAGAGAUGGUUGAUCGGUUUGGAACGUCCGUACGAGUAAAAGAGCAGCCUUGUGCUGAACCAGGAGAAGUUCCCUGUGACGUCUGUACUGGGACCCAGCUGAAGGCUGUGAAGUCCUGCCUUGAGUGUUUUACCUCUUACUGCCAAACCCACCUGGAGCCACAUCAGAGAGUCACAGGGCUGAAGAAACAUCGGCUGGUCGAGCCUAUGGACCGUCUUGAAGACAGGAUGUGUAACAAACACGACCGACUUCUGGAGCUCUUCUGCCAGACUGAACAGGCGUGUGUGUGUCAGUUCUGCACGGUGACAGACCACAGGUCCCAUCCUAUUGUGACUCUAAAGGAAGAAUAUGACAUGAAGACGGCCCAGCUGGGGAAGAUAGAGGCUGAAGUUCCACAGAUGAUCCAGGAGAGACAAAAAAAUAUCCAGGAGAUUAAAGACACAGUUAAACGCAGCAAAGCGGACGCAGACAGAGAGAUAGCCGAUGGUGUGCAGGUCCUCACUGCUCUGAUGCGCUGCAUUGAAAAGUGCCAGGAGGAUCUCAACCAAAUGGUUAAAGAGAGACUGAAAGACACAGAGAAACAAGCUGAAGACCUCAUCAAAGAGCUGGAGCAGGAGAUAGAAGAUCUGACCAAUAGAAGCUCAGAGGUGAAGCAGCUCUCGCACACUAAAGACCACCUCCACUUCCUCCAGGCCUUCAGAUCCCUGAAGGAUCCUCCACCCACCAGGGACUGUACGAAGGUGGAGAUCCGUCCCCCGUUUUACGUAGGGACCUUGAGGAGAUCCCUGGAUCAGCUGAAUGAGAAACUGAACAUGGAGAUUAAGAAUUUGCGUAAUGUUGCUGAACUGAAGAGGGUCCAGCAGUAUGAAGUAGAUGUGACUCUGGAUCCCAAUACAGCUCAUCCCCGUCUCAUCCUGUCUGAGGAUGGGAAACAAGUACAUGAGGGAAAUGUAAUGAUUUAUAUCCCAGACAACUGUCAGAGAUUUCAACAGUAUGUGCAUGUUCUCACGAGGCAGAGCUUCUCCUCAGGGAGAUUUUACUUCGAGGUCCAGGUUAAAGACAGGACUGUAUGGUGUUUAGGAGUGGCCCUAGAGUCCAUCAACAGAAAAAAUCAGAUCCUAGAGACCCCUGGGAAUGGUUUAUGGAUUCUUGACUCCAACACCAAUGGGUUGGUAUUUAAAGAUAACCCUGCUGUCUGUCUCCCUCUGAAAGCUAAGCUCCAGAAGGUUGGGGUGUUUGUUGAUUAUGAUGAGGGUCUGGUCUCCUUCUAUGAUGUUGAAGCCAGGGUUCAUAUCUACUCUGCUACUGGCUGCACUUUCAGUGAGCCUCUCUAUCCGUUCCUCUCUCUAAGUCAUUAUGGAGAUAUAAACUCUCCCCCCCUGAUCAUCUCACCUGUCAAUGAAACAGACUAGGGCCUUUGUUUGAUAAUCUAACAAACAAACGACCAUAAACAAAGAAUGUUGUUUUCUGAAUGAUAAUCUCUACUAUUUGUGAUCUGAGAGGUCUGUAUUGAGGUGCUACUGCUGUCAUCUAACAAGGAGAAAUUCAUAAAGAAAUAUCCCUUACUAUUAUAAAAUAUAGCCCAUUGUAAAUUAUUAGAUUCCACUAUAUUUUAUAAAUGUGUGUUUCCCCUGUUCUUUUUCUGAGUUUAUUGCUAUAAUAUUGUAAAUGGUUGCAGUUAUAAAAUGUCUGGGGGAUACGGUUGUUUAUGUUACAUUACUAUUAGUUUAUAUUUUGGAAUCAAUGACUGAGGCAAUUUAUCUUCUAUACUUUUCUGAUUUCAAUAAAAUGGAAAAAAAUGGAAUCGGUACAUUCUUUGUGGAAUAGAUAUUUUCAGGGGAACAGGUACAUUACGUUUGUACACACAUUGUACUAUUUCGAUUUGCUUAGUCAAAUAUUUGAAGAACUUAAACUUGGGUGGUGUGGAUUUGAAAGAAAAGGCACAUACAAAAAUACACCUUAUAUAUCUCUGCUACUGGCUGUAUUUUUAGAGAGCCCCUUCAUCCAUGUGAUCAUGAGGGUGGCACAAAACUGACUAGGACCUUUUUUAAUAAUAAAAUAACCAAAACAACUGAUGCUGUUUCCUGAAUAAGAAUCUGUACCAUCUGAGAUCUAAAUGAACUGCAUUAAUGUUGUACUGCUGUCCUUUAACAAGGAAGAUUUCAUUAAGAAAAUAACCCUGACUAUUAUAAAAUAUAACCCAUUGUAAAUGAUUGCAUUACUACUUGAAAAAAUGACCAUUAUCAGGCGUUUGUACCCAGAGCGUCCAGUGAGAUGAAGGCCCAGGUCUGGGCUGCUCAGGGAGGACAUUGGGGAUCCUUUGGACGAGGAGCCUAAACAAACCAACCAAGCGGGUCCCCUGAGCCCCUCAACAGUCCUGGUUCAUUGUGGGGCUGCAGGGCUGCCGGCUCCCCUGUGAACGCCCCUUCAGUUCAGCUUCAAUAAGAGGAGGACAGGUGUGUCACAUCAGAGCCUAAUCAGCAGGGGACCGGCUCACCCUAUCAGCCAAUCAGAGGUGAUGCCUGAACCAACAGGGGACCUAACCCUAACCCUAACCCUGACCCUAAUAUAAAUAAAGUUUUCACGUUAUAAAUUCUAAUCGGAAUUGAUUGAAAAUGAAUACAUUCUUUUAUUCUUUAUCUUUGCAUGCCGGUAUUUGUUUAUGUCCAUUUUAUAUAUGUGCGGAUGGAAGCAUAUUCAAUGUGUUUCAGUGUCAUGGCAAUCAUGGAAAUAAUAUGUUAAAUAUGCAAAUAAUGUGUUAGAUCUGCAGUGAUGGGCUUGUGUCACACUUCCACAUUGUGCUUUGAACUCAGUAGUCGAUUAUAUUUUGACUUGCAGAAUGCAAAAUAGACCACAGACACCUAGUUUGCAGAGUUAGGUAGCCCCCCCCCCCAGCCCCCUCUAUACCACUGUGGUUCACACUGCAUGAGUUGCAUCCUGUAUUUACCACCUCCUUAUAGAAGAUGCAUAUUUUAUUAUAUAUUCAUUCUUUUUUCAAACAAAAGUGAAUGUUUCUUUUGUUUUUUUUAUUGUUCAUCUGAUUAUUUUAUGCCCUCUGUUCAGAGAGCAGAAACAUUUUCAGGAAGAGAAAUUAUUAAAUAAAAUAGGUAUACAAAACAUACAUAAAUACCUAUUUAUGUAAACAUAAAUAGGUAUACAUAAAUCAUGUAAUCUUGUGAGCGAGUAAAUUGACAUUGGUGACAGUGGUGUUUAACACCAGCUACGUCCAUGCAAAAUAUAGCAACGUAUCAUUAAGUUGCAAAAACGUUUGAAAAGUGGCACAGGUCUUUAGGCUUGAUUAUUUGCAUUAACAUGAUGAAUCUAUAAAAAGCAAUACGGCACAAAAUAUUUCUGAAAACUAAUAUAACUUCACUUCAUUCGAACGUGUACUGCUCUGCCAUUUUCAAGAACCCGCCCAGUGAACGCAGAGGAUUGUGGGUAGUUUUGGCUCGUCUAGGAUGCAGCGAUGCAUCCUUGAAAAAUCUCGGAAUUCUCCAAAACAAAGGACGCAAAAAUGGCGCGGCUUUCUAGUGUCCUCAACAUUGGAACAGUGCUUGUCGGCGUUCUAUGACGUAGCGUCCUUAAAAGGGCGGCCGUUGAGCAUGCUUCCUUGACAUUGGGAAACAGCCGGGGUCA